UCAAUAUGGCGGAAUGAUGACGCCAAAACCAACUUCUACGUCAAAGCUGGUCAAAGUUCAUUUGUAUUUUCCCGGGAAAACUAUCUGACGUUCUAAUCCACAUGACCGCGUGUAUUGUACAUUUAAGGAUUACUGACCCCGCAUGUUAGAGCCAUGGCGAAGAUAACAGAGAAGAUACUGCUGGAGAAAAGCUCUCCAAAGACAAACAAACUGGACCAGAUCAAGACCCUCAAUCUGUCACGCAUGGGUCUGAAGAGCGAGGAUCUGCCUGUGCCUCUGCUAUCUAAACUGUGUCGUCUAGAGCAGUUGGAUUUGUCUGGGAACAUGUUGCAGGAGAUUCCCAAAGGCCUCUGUCUGCCCUGCCUGAAGAUCCUGAACUGCUCAAACAAUGAUAUGGAGGAUGUGACGUCACUGGAAGCCCUGAGAAACAUCGAAGAGCUUAGACUAGAGGACAACCUCUACCUCACAGUCAACGAUGAACACAAAGUGAUCUUCCUGUUACCUAAACUGAGGAUGUUCAACGGGAAGGAUAUCAGCUCUACGGCCCAUCAUAUUCGCCAUGGCAGCACUGAGAUCCUCAGGAAGAGAGUGAUUGGUUUGUGGGAACGAAGCUUCACUGUCCCUGAUCCCCAACAAAGUCUGGCUGCUGUGGAGAAGAGUUUUGUUAAUGCUGUGCAAAGCCAAAUCAAAUAUGGCCCCAGUUCCUUGAGUGAUUACACGAAGUGGAGGCUUGAAAUGAUUGCAAAGGAAUAUUUGAAGUCACUGACGUGCAGUGAAGAAGGAAGCAAAGUCACAGACAUAACUCCAACAAAGGAGAAUGAGACUCCUGCAGAGAGAAAGGCUUGUGAUCUUGGUGGUAACAGUGUCACAAGUCCUCAGAAAAGAACCCGAAACAACACCGAGGUGUCUGCAGAGGCCAGUCCACGAAAGUCAAGUCACUUGGCGAGUGCAGCUCCGGCUGAGCCUAGUCCACGAAAAUCCACUCGAGUGCUGAGCACUCCACAGAAAACUGACCCUAUAUUGUCCAGCCCCAGAAAGCAUGCCAGAAUGACCAAUGUGGACACUCCAGAGGGAAGUCCAAGGAAAUCAAGCCGCCUGGAAAAUAUUUCUCAGAACGUUGUUAGCAAAACUGAAAGCCCCAGAAAAGCAUCUAAGAGCCCUGGCAUCUCUAUGCCCACAUCAAGGCCGGCGAAAUGUGAGAGCCCAAGGAAAACGGCUAAAGAUCAGACUACAGCUCAACAAAGCAAACAGACCACUGCUGACACGCCUCGGAAAACUACCAGAGUCAAACUCCGAGUUCCUCAGGAGCCGGUGAGUCUGCAGCCGUUCCAUGUCCUGCAGUGUCACAGUCGACAGGACAGUCCAGACGACUUCAGCACCCAGCUUUGGGCCUGUGCCUUUGAGCCCCCGCUGGAAUGCAGUGGUGGUGAUGUCAGAGGUGGCUCUCGGACCGUUGCCACAUGUGGAGGGGAAACUUUGUGUGUGAUUGACUGUGAGUCAGGACAUGUGCUGAAGAAAUACAAGGUUCCUGGUGAGGAGUUCUUCUCACUAGCAUGGUCCACUGUGCUGAUGUCCAGGACCGGUGGCUCUACCCGACCCUGCAAUAUCCUGGCUGCUGGUGGAAAGAGGGGUCUUGUAAAGCUCAUCCAUCCCCGAGUCAACCUGGCGUUCGGAGAGUUUCGCGUCAGUCGACGUGCCAUUUCCAUUAUGCGCUUCAGUCCACGCAACGUUAGCUUUCUCUUCACUGGAACGUAUGAAAAUAAGAUCUUUUUGUGGGACAUUGGUGGACUGGAUCGUGAUUACAACUUUAAAAUCAGUAAGCUGCUAGUCCUGGAGACGUGCUCCACUCCUCUGCAUCUCUCUCUGCUCCCCACGUCUCCAGACACGCACCUCCUCUCGGCCUGUGAUGACGGGCUGUGUGUCUUUGACAUCGAGCUCAGUAAAAACACACAGAAGAGAAAUGAGGAGAUGGAGAUUGUGUUUCCAGUUUACAAGAAAAAAGACAAGAAAAACACGUACCGGACUAUUGACGGACUGAGCUUCCUCUCAGAUGAUAUAGUGGCAUCCAAGAGCCACAUGCAGGGCUCUAUCUACCUGUGGAGCUGGAGUGCUACGCGUGCAUCUUGGAAUGGCAGAAAGAAAGAGGUGGCAGCUGUUGUUCUGGCAGAGCUGCAGUGGUCCAGCACCGAUGUCCCAUACCUGUCUCUAGGCACCUGUCCAGGUUAUAGUUAUGUGGUGUGUGGGGAUGAGCAAGGCAGACUAUGGAUGUACCAUAUCACAGACACCAUGAUGGAAAACUUCAAGAGUGGAAAAACGAUCUCAGCCACUGAGGUGCUGGAGUGGCCGUCACCGGUUAGAGCUGGAAAGGGUACAUUAGAGGGGCCUUCUAUUAACAGCAUUGCCAUGGAUCCUGAUCUACAGUACUUGGUUGCUCUUACUGACAAGAACAUGGCCGUGGUUUGGAAGAGAGAGAAUCACUGAGAUGUUCAGCUGCUGGCAGUAUUUCUCUUUAUUGCUUUGCAUUUCUGAACUGGACUUGAAUUGAGAUCAUGAUUGUGUGAGGAAAGCCAGAGUUAUAAAGAAAAUGAAGACUUCACCUGUUUUUAAGACUUAUUGUCUCAAAGAGACAGAGAAAGACUAAUUUAGCCAUCAUGUAAAUUUGUCCCUGUUCCACUUUUACGAGUUUUAGUAGGUGAAAGGCAAUUGUUGUUACAUACUCAUUCAUGAUUUCAAAACAUUUGAGUGUUUUUUUUUUCCCCCCUUUUUUUAUGUUGUCUAAAAAUAUAUAUAUUAAAAGGGACCUAUUAUGCCCUUUUUCUUGAUUUUGUUUUUGGGGUCUACUAGAAUUGUUUUUUUUUUUUUAUUGAAUGUUCAAAGAAUAACAUUAUCUUUUUUAAUUUUUUGGCACCAAUGGGCUCUAAGAUCAGCUUAGCUCAUGAUGCAUUUGAGAAGGGCAGCCCUGUUUAGUUCCUGUCUCUAUGAAGCCCCUCCUUCUGAAAAGCACAGUGUGCUCUGAUUGGUCAACUGGACAAGAGUGUUGACAUUGGUCAGUCGCUUUGAGCGCGUUUCAGAAAUGUCACGCCCCUUACUAUAACCACGAGUUUUGGCAUAUUACUAACACAACUUUUUUUCGUUUGCCUUGGGCGGGAAUUAUUUAAGAGGAAUAUUGUGAUGUUGACAUUCCCAGAAGAAAACUCAGGAUAUAGAGGAUAACUCCCUUUGGAGUGGACUUGGUUCUUUGUCCCUUUCAUUUCAGAGAAAUAUUGUCAGAAAAGAAUGACAUUAUUCAAAACAGGACUUGUUAUAUUUUUGUUUUAAUGAAUAAACUGGUGUCAUACACCAUUAUCUUA